UCGGAAUAUGAAUCUAUCUCGGAUACGAUUAUAUUAUGGCAAAAUAAGUUGGUGUAUAAUGAUCGUGGGACUAUGAUGGAGAAUGAACUUAAGGAAAUAUGGCGAUACUUGGUUCCUCUAAUAUCGGAGAGAGAUGCAUUUGAAAAGGAGUUCGAAAAACGAAAAAAAUCGAAGGAAAAUGAAAAGUAUUUAUUUAAAGGGUUUACGCGUAACUUCUCAGGAAGUAACCUCUUUUCGUACUUCUCAUCUACCUCUCCAAAGGCCACGCCAAAAGCCUCACCAAGUUCAUCACCGCCUAAAAACACACAUGCUUUUGGAAAUUUUCUAACACCUCCUGGAACCUUGCAUUCCACAUUUUUUUCACCGUCCACACCGUCCUUCUCAUCGCUACCUAGUUUCUUGAUAGGUCCAGCAAAUUUGCAAAAUGUUGAAGACAUUAGACCACUUAUAAUUUAUUUGUCUCAAUCAUCAGCAAGCAUUGCAAAAAGAAGUAAGGAAGAAGAUGGCCAUAAUGAAGACGAUCAAAGUUCCUUUACGAUUGCUUUAUUAAUACCAAACUCAUCGGAGAACUCGAAGAAAAUGAAUGACAUAGAGUUUUAUAGAUCGAUUCAUACUUGUCUAUCCUCCCGAUCCGAAGAUCUAAUAAAAACCUUACACGAGGAAAAUGAACGUUCUAAGAAACUUGGGACGGAUAUUGACAAGGAAUAUCGCUAUUUAUUGUUCAACAAAACUUCUUUGGCUGUUAAAUCCUCACUGUAUCCGAUCAAUACUCCCAGCACAUUAUCAAAAGGCCUGACGAUCACCAGCGAAAUGGCACAUUCACUAUGUGACUUGUACGAAGAUCUUGAAAAGUAUCCGCAAAUGACCGAAAUAUGCACCCGGUCAUCAUCUAAUUUUUGGGUUGUUGGGAAAAGAUCUGACGAUUACGUUCUGUACGUCGUGGUACCUAAAAAGGAAGCCUCCAUUAUGGAGAUAGAAGGUUAUUAG